GACGUCAUCACGUUGACUGAGUACAGCAGAGGGAGGCGGAGUCAGGCGGCGGCUCUGUGUGUCUGUGAUGUAGAUUUAAGAGCAGAAAUCUUCAGAUUUGAGACACUUUGUUUUGUGAGAGUCCGUCAGUGAGCGGAGGACACAUCCACACCGACACCGACCCGGAAACAACACGCUAACCCACCGGGAGAGCUGCUGCUGCGGGGAACAUGUCUGCGGGCUCCGGGGGCAGAAACACGAACACGGAACCGUGGGGAAGCUUCGAUGACAACCUCAUCCAGGGCGGCGGCUCGGCCGUCAUCGACAUGGAGAACAUGGACGACACGUCGGGCUCGAGCUUCGAGGACAUGGGCGAGAUGCACCAGAGGAUGAAAGAGGAGGAGGAGGUGGCGGCCGAGGCCGCCGCCACCGAGGACGAUAACACAGAUGACGGGGAAUUUUUGGGCAUGAAGGGGAUAAAGGGUCAGCUGGGCCGUCAAGUGGCAGAUGAGGUGUGGCAGGCGGGGAAGCGGCAGGCGUCCAGAGCCUUCAACCUCUACGCCAACAUCGACAUCCUGCGGCCGUACUUUGACGUGGAGCCGGUGCAGGUCCGCAGCAGGCUGAUUGAGUCCAUGAUACCUGUCCGCAUGAUCAACUUCCCCCAGAAGAUUGCAGGUGAGCUGUACGGUCCUCUGAUGCUUGUCUUCACUCUGGUGGCGAUCCUGCUGCACGGAAUGAAGACGUCAGGGACAGUUAUCAGGGAGGGCACUCUGAUGGGAACAGCAAUAGGAACUUGUUUUGGUUACUGGCUCGGCGUCUCCUCCUUCAUCUACUUCCUGGCGUACCUGGUCAACGCUCAGAUCACCAUGCUGCAGACGCUCUCCCUGCUGGGUUACGGUUUGUUUGGUCACUGCGUCGUCCUCCUCGUCACCUACAACAUCCACUUCCACUUUCUGUUCUACGUCCUGUGGCUGCUGCUGGGAGGCCUGUCAACGCUGCGCAUGGUGGCGGCCCUGCUGUCUCGUACAGUCGGUCACACUCCUCGGCUGCUCCUCUGUGGAACUCUGUCGCUGCUCCACAUGCUCUUCCUGCUCUACCUGCACUUCGCCUACCACAAAAUCGUAGAAGGGCUGCUGGACUCUCUGGAAGGACCCAACAUGGCCCCGAUGCAGCGGGUGGCCAGAGACGUGCCUGAGCUGACCCUGAACGCCACACUGAGGAUCCAGGGGGCGCUGCUGAGGGCCCGCUGAGGUCCAACAGAGGAGCCGGGCGGUGCUGCUGAGGGCCACACACAGAAACAUCUUUUCCUGUUUUCUCUGUCCAUGUUUGUACAUUUUGAUUGUCUGUUUUUCAGUUUGGGGCUUUUAUUUUGUUGUUUUAUGUUCAGAUGUAUUUAUAGUUUCUGUACAGACUCUAAUAAACUUUAUGGACUUUAUCUGUUUGA